GGAGGAUUUACCGGGACUCUGUGGCGGUUUCGGCCCUUUAAAGCAGGAUGAAGAUUUUAGUGGUGUUCCUGCUCCUCCUGAAAGUUUCCCAGCAUGCCCUGGCUGUGCUGGUGGAGGUCAAUGAGGGGGAAAGGUCUGUCCUGCUGCUCUGCCUGUACUCAGGUUUUAUACAUGAGGACCCCGCAGUGAUGUGGACUCGCGAAGAUCUCGAUCCCAAAUCUGUGCACCUACGAGGAGAAGGAGGAGAUGAUCUUAGAGGACAAAACCAGCGUUACAGCGGGCGCACAUCAAUGAGGUCUGAUGCUCUGGACUCUGGAGACUUCAGCCUCACUCUGAGGAACCCACAACUGACUGACAGCGGCAGCUACACCUGCUCCAUCAGUGAUGGAAGACAAGAACAGAGACUGAGAGACAUCCAGCUGCAGGUCAAAGAACCAUUUCCAUCCUGGGUCAAAGCUCUCCUGGUUCUCCCGUUUCUUCUUCUGGUUUCUGGAGGUCUUUUAUUUCAUUUUCGGCACUGUUUUAUGUCAGUUUACAAGGUGGAGGUGGACUCAGGGGUGGAGUCUGUCCAGCUGCCCUGCAAAACCAUAGUUCACCUGCUGAAAGAUGCUAAAGUGGAGUGGAAGGACAGAGACAGCAGAAAGGUCCAUGUGUAUCAGAGCAGCUCUGAUCAGCCUGGAGAACAGGACGACUUUUACAGAGACCGAACGAAGGUGAAGAGAAACCUGCAGAAAAUUGGAGACCUCAGUCUGACCCUGAAACACCCCACAGGCAGAGACACAAACACCUACACCUGCACUGCCUACAACAAGAGGGGAAACAUCCUGAUGAAGAAAGAAGUGCUGCUCACUGUCAGAGUCCCUCAGGUGGAGGUGGAGUCGGGGGUGGAGUAUGUCCAGCUGCCCUUAAAAACCACACUUCACCUGCCUGAAGAUGUUAAAGUGGAGUGGAUGGACAGAAACCACAGGAAGGUCCACGUGUAUCAGAACGACUCUGACGAGCCUGAAGAACAGGACGACUUUUACAGAGGAUGGACUAAAAUGAAUGAAGACCUGCUGAGAACUGGAGACCUCAGUCUGACCCUGAAAUACCCCAGAGAGGGAGACACAAACACCUACAUCUGCACCGUCUACAGCAGGGAGGGAAACAUCCUGCUGAGGAAACAAGUGGAGCUGAAAGUCAGAGUCCCCCAGGUGGAGGUGGAGUCAGGGGAGGCGUCUGUCCAGCUACCCUGCAGGACCACAGAAAACCUACCUGAAGAUGUUAAAGUGGAGUGGAUGGACAGCUACAUCUUUUACAAAUACAACAGGAAGGUCCACGUGUAUCAGAACGGCUCUGACGAGCCUGAAGAACAGGACCAGGCUUACAGAGACCGAACGAUGAUGAAUGAAGACCUGCUGAAAACUGGAGACCUCAGUCUGACCCUGAAGUACCCCACAGAUGGAGACAACUGCACCUACACCUGCACUGUCUACAACAGGGAGGGAAACAUCCUAAUGAGGAAACAAGUGGAGCUGAAGGUCAAAGUCUGUCAGGUGGAGGUGGAGGAGGGGGCGGAGUCUGUCCAGCUGCCCUUCAAAACCACAGAAAACCUGCCUCAAGCUACUAAAGUGGUGUGCUGGCAUAAUUCAUACAGGACAGUCUACAUUUAUCAGCAUGGUGCUGACCAGCCUGAUGAACAGGAUCGGUUUUACAGAGACCGAACAAAGAUGAAUAAAGACAAUAAAGACCUGCUGAAAACUGGAGACCUCAGUCUGACCCUGAAACAGCCCACAGAGAGAGACAGUGGAGAAUACAGAUGUGGAGUCUGGAUUCAUGGAUACAUCAUCAGAUAUAAAACAGUGCUGCUCAAAGUCAAAGGGAGAGCUCAGGUCCAGGAUCAAACAGGGAUCAUCAGGAACAGAAGCAGCUCCAUUGAUCCGACUCCUCUGAUGGCUGAUCAAUCAGACCUGUGAUCACUUUAACUCACUAUGAUGGAUUGUUGCCAUUUGUCUUUGUGUCUCUGCUGCUUUUCUUGUGUGUCUGUGUGUCUUUGGGAUAUUGGAUAGAGUCAUGUGACCUGCCCAGGGACUACAGAUGGAAAUGAGCAGUUUAGCUCCAAUCUGGCAGCUUUCCAUCUUCUAUGUUUACAUUGAUGUCCAUGA